UUGUUCGGCCGACCGACGAUCAUAGCAUUUGCGCCGGCGGUGAGCAAGUACGUGUACCAGAAAGACGACGAAUUUAUCGUCGGGUGGCCCAGUGUGGAACUUCUUGGCCCAACUUCCCUCGUGGCAGUAUAUGGGCCAAGCCACACCAGGCUCCGAAGCUUCCUCACCAAUGCUAUCAACCAGCCCGAAGCUCUUCGACGAAUCGCAUCCCUCGUCCAGCCCAACAUAGUUGCUGAAUUGCAAUCCUGGGCCCAGACUGGCAGAGUCAACGCUUACAAACAAGUCAAGAAGGUAACAUGA